AUGACGACCAACGUCAGGAUCUUGCUUGAGGCAGCCGCAUCCAUCCAAGACUCGGAAAACCUAUCGGUGGCCGUUGAACGCCUACGGCCAAGAAUUCAAGAAUCCGGUCUGGGAAGCUCGACGCUGCUGGAAAUUGAACAACAAAUUGCCACAGCCAGCGGUCUGGGUAGGCGAGAUCAUUUACUGGCUCUCUUGACCAGUCUGGAACAUCUGCACCCAACCAAAGAGGGCGAGUCGACAGUAGAUCAAGGAGAUCCAGAGCAGUUCGCGGCGGCUCGCCGGAUCUGUGAUUUUGCCGCAAAGUCAAUCGCGCCCAUCGUAGUGCCUCCGAAGGAGGAGGACGACGUCGAGGGCUACCACCCAACAGCUGCCGAUGUACAGCGUGACACUGCCGCAGUCGUCUCGAGAUGCCAACCACUCGCGGAGCCCGGCCUGGCCGUGAUCAAAUGCAUUCUACAGAAUCAUCGACGCGGCAUCCGGGACGCUACCGACCUGGUCGGGCCGCAAGUGCUAGUGACGGCGGUCGCGUACGCGGACCCAGACCUCCCGUGGACGACGCCUGCCGCGUCCCAGUUGGCUCGGGAGGUGAUAGAGGCCAUCGUCUUGGCGGCCGACGUCAGCAAGGAUGCCAUCGUCGUCGACUGGUUGCUAAAGGACUACCUACGACCGCUGUUCACCAGGUCCAAGCCCGACACGGUCACCGACUCGGGCCGCAAGGCUCACUUUGCCCCGGAGCCCGACUCGACCGACGGCGUCUUGAACAGGGAGACGAGGGCGGCCAAGCCCUGGAAGCACGUGGACCUGCGCGCCGUGCCGGCUUUUGCCUGGGCUCUCAAGGAAGCUGAUAAAGACCUUAUGAGUCGCCACUGGCCGCUCUACACCCCGGUGUUGCUUGCAUUGCUUGAUGAUGGUGACACCAGCGUCAAAUGUCAAGCUCUGAGACUCUUGGACGUGUUUCUCGGCAAAGUCGAGGCCAAAACGCUCAUCGAUACCGGCCUUGACAGCGUCUUCCAAGAUGCCGUGUUCCCUGCCUUGAUGCUGCUGCCGAGCGUGACCCCGGAAGUCGACUGCCUACGGAUUCUGGGACCAGCCUACGACGCCCUCCUUAAACUGUCGAGAGUAACAGCCGCUGGAAAGCAGCUCAACGCAAAAAGACCAAACACAAAGAUGCUCGACAAGAUUCUGCGCGAGGGUGUCUUCUCUGGCUUCUUCUACGCCAGGGAACACAUCCGCAUCGUGGAGAUUCUGUUGAUCAAGACUGGACAGGUUGUGCAAGAAAUGGGCAUAUACUCUGUUAAGCAUCUAAAGGACCUAAUCCCAAUGCUCACAUCAGUCAUGGAAGAACCGUUUGCCAUGGCCCACUUGCCGUCAUUGUUAGCUGCCAUCGAGGCCCUGCAGGCCGUUAUUGCGAACUGCUGGCCGAGACUUGGUCAACCACCUUGGCGCGACGCCAUAAUCAAGGCGCUUGUCGUAUGUUGGAUGCGUGCAGAUGAUGAUGAUGAUGAUGAUGGGAGCGAGCAGGACGCAUCUGCCAAAGUGCACGACAACCUCGCAAAAGCCGCCAAAAUGCUGGCAGUGGUGACGCGUUCCGAAGGCAUCGAUCUUGCCGAGGUCGUGGCUCCACUGACGGCGCAAGAUGCGUCGCUGCACAAGCUCUUUAAUAUCUCCUCCAAGGGUUGAACGGAUAAUAGAUUCUGAAUCAUAAAAAAAAAGGAAACAAAAAAAAAAAAAAAAAAAAAAAAGAC